UAUGGUAUAAUAAUGGAUGCUGGAUCAUCUCAUACCAAUAUGUAUGUAUAUAAAUGGGAUGGUGAAAAAUAUAAACAGACAGCUAUAGCUUCUCAAUUUGGUGAAACUUGUAAAGUUCCUGGUAAAGGUAUAGCAACGUUUGUAAACAAUCUAGAAGAUCUAUCUGAAGGGUUAAAACAGUGUUUAGAUAUAGCUAAAACUAUUAUACCUAAAGAUCAUUGGAAGAAGUCACCAAUAUAUCUUGGUGCUACAGCUGGUAUGAGAUUAUUACAUGAAGUAAAUUCCACACAAAGUGAUUCUAUCUUAUCAGAAGUUCGUAAAACAAUUGGAGAAUAUCCAUUUCUAUUUGAUAAACCUGAGAGCCAAGCUAGGAUAAUAUCAGGAGAUGAAGAAGGAGUAUUUUCCUGGAUUACCAGUAAUUAUGUUAGUAAAUCAUUUCAAAAUCCACCCAAACCCUCUACACUCCAAGCUAAAAAAUCACCAACCAUAGGAGCAUUAGAUAUGGGAGGGGCAUCAGCUCAAAUCACUUUCAUUCCAGCUAAUUAUACGACUCAACCUGUGAACUAUACUCAAUCUAUCCAAUUAUACAGUGUUAAUUAUACACUAUAUACUCAUAGUUAUCUUUGUUAUGGUGUCAACGAGGCUCAGAGACGCCUACAGGCUGCUUUAACUGUGGUAAAUGUUAAAUACCCCUGUGCUCCAGUCGGCCAUGUUGUAAAUGUGAGUUAUGAGAGAGUAUUUAAGGCACCAUGUACUAGUGGAAUGGAUAAACAACAAGAUUAUAGUUUCUUAUUAGAUGAUCCUACCCUAGAGAUUAUUGGAGAGAGUGAUCCAGAUCAGUGUUUGAAUUUUAUACAAAAUAAUUUAUUUGAUUUCAAUCAGACAUGUUCUUAUCCUCACUGUUCUUUUAAUGGUCAAUUUCAACCUGAUGUGUUCGGAGAAUUUUAUGCAUUUUCAAGUUUUUAUUAUGUAGCUCAUUUUUUAAAUUUAACUAAUGGUACAGAACAGUUUACAUUAGAUCAGCUUAAUACCUCUACAUUACAUUUCUGUAACAAGACAUGGGAUGAGGUACCGCAGUAUAUGCCAGCUGUGUUACCUACCAGCCUACCAUGGUAUUGUUUUCAAGCUAAUUAUGUAAUUACUAUGUUAACGAGAGGAUAUGGUUUUAAUGAGGAUAAUUGGAAUACACUGAGAUUUGUUAAACAGGUAGAAGAUACUGAUAUUGGUUGGUCGUUAGGUUUUAUGUUGAACGAGAGUAAUCAGAUACCAGUUAACGAACCAGUCGUACCAAUAGCCCUAACGACUUUUAUUUUAUUAAUUAUCUUAUUUUCAUUAUUUAUAUUGGUCUCAAUAGGAUUUGCCUGUCAUGCCAGAAAACACUCGAACGCCAAACAGAAGGGGUAUUCCUUAUUUUCUAAUUAUGGGGCUGUUUAA